ACACCGCCCGCUCGAGCCCUUUCUUAUCCUUCCGGCCGAAAUUCUAUAUCCAACAAAUCAAAAGCGCUUCUCGCAUCUCGGCCAAGAAAGGGGAGCAUUCUGAUUAGACGAUUAGUAGUCCGCAGUCAGCGGUUCAAGAGUACGAUAAGGAAAAACAAGAGGGAAGGCUAAAGAAGGCGCCAUGUGCUGAGCCGAUCCCACUCGACAUGCCCACCCUCCUCACCUCCAUAUCACCCCUCAACUCCACCUCGCCCCUCCCCUCCAACACCACCCAAAACUCCACCCAAAACUCCACCACCCCCGCCCCCACAGGCCACAUCCUCUUCACCCCCCGAUACCACUACUACGCCUCCCGCUACUCCUGGCUAUGGAUCCUGAGCGCCAUCUCUUUCCUCGUCAUGCUCCAUCUCCUCCGUCUUCUGCGGCAUCACCAUCGGCGGCAACGCCAACGCCAGAGUCUGAGAAGGGAAGUGAGGGGGUACAAGGCUGUGGCGGGGGAUGAAGAUGAUCGGCAUGCUUCUGAUCCUUCGUCUUCCCCUGCUUCUGGGAAUGGGAUGAGGAAGAGGGCGGGGUGGGCCACACGCCAGCUGAGAGCGAUAGGAGCAGGAUGGAGGAACGUCAUGUACCUCUCCCGUUUCCCUUCAUGGCUGUACAUGCCAGAAACAGUUGCGGACGCCGUUUGGACAUUGCUGUAUAUGGGGGUGUAUCUGUUCUUUGGGUUUCAUAAGACUUCUUCGUGGUUCCCGAUGAGGAACGACAACGUCGCAAACCAAUUCGGCGUCAUGUCGUUCUCCCAACUCCCCCUAAUCCUCCUCCUCGUAUCCAAAAACAACCCCAUCUCCUCGCUCACCGGCAUCACCUACCAAAAACUAAACUACCUCCACCGCGCUUCGUCUAGGCUUUGUCUGUUGACGAGCUGGGUGCAUGCGUUGUUGUGGACGCCGAGGGUUUGGGCGGCGGGGGAUACGAGGCCUUAUUUGUUGUUUGGUAUAGCAGCGUUAACGGGCUUUACGAUGCUCUGGAUAACGAGUUUCCGGAUUAUCCGUCGCGUGGCGUACGAAUUCUUCUUGGUGGCUCAUAUCCUCUUUUCCAUAAUGUAUCUAGUAGGCGCCCUCUUCCACUGGAAAUGGCUCCAUUAUUGGGUCUGGCCCGCCCUCCUUAUUUGGGGGGUGGAUAGGGCGAUCCGGUUUGGGAGGUUUGUGUAUAUCAAUGGAGGAGGGAGAGGAAGGUGUCAAGUAGAGUUGCUGGAUCAUGACGUUAUGCGGAUAACCAUCAACCGCCGAAACUGGAGCUGGAAAGCCGGCCAGCACGCCUUCAUAUCUGCCCCAAGCAUCUCCCUCUCCCCGCACGAAUCCCACCCCUUCUCCAUAGCCAACGUCCCCACCCCCUCCUCCAACGACGCCAUCUUUCUCAUCCGCAUCCAUUCCGGCUUCACCAAAAGACUGCGGCUGGCGCUGGGGGGCGAUGUGGAGAGGGGGGUGAGGAUGUAUGUGGAAGGGCCUUAUGGGUAUGCGCAUUCGUUGGAUGGGUAUGAGGCGGUGUUGCUGUUGGCUGGUGGGACGGGGGUGACCUUUGGGUCGGGGCACAUGUUGCAGAUCCUGCAAAACGCCAAGGAGGGGGGUUCUGCGGUCAAACAUCUGCAUCUGGUGUGGCAUAUCCGCCAUCCAGAAGAUAUCGAAUGGCUCGCUCCCCUCCUCAACCUCGCUGCCUCCCUCUCCGCCCAAAGCGAGAUAGAAUUGAGGGUGGAUGUGUAUGUCACCAAGAGUCAUGCGUCGGACGAACCUCUCCCGCCGAAUGGGAUAAGCGAGAGGCUGGCGGCUAUGGCGCCGGAUUACCUGAGGGAGCGGUUUGAUGAGGCGCGGAUACCGUUGACUCCUUUUGGGGCUGAACCGGGUACGCCGGGGACGAUGGGUGGAGGGGAGAGUCGGGAUGAGACGAUCUUGCUGCCGAAGCCGCUGCCUCCGAUGAUGAGCGGGACUAGGGAAAUGGGCAGGGUGGGCAGGUUUGGUCUGACGGGGGAGGCUGCGAGUCUGGUCAAGUGGCAUAGGGGCCGAGCGGAUUUGGGGAGUAUCGUAGAGGAGGAUGCGAGGGCGUGCGAGGGGGCUAUGAACGUUUCUGCAUGCGGGCCUGUACAAUUACUGCAAUCGGCGAAAAAGGCGGUGAAAGAGGUCUCGACGAUGCGCGCUACGCGGGACGGGCUGGCGAGCAUAGAUUUCUUCGAAGAGACGCUAGGGGCGUAGGAUCAAAUUAGUAUAAGUGUCAUCUCUCUAGGGUUAUACGGUGUAUCCAUGAUGAAUUGUAUAGUACCAC